AUGUAUUCAUUUAAUCAACGUCCAGAUACAGUAGCUAUUGAUGAACCAUUUUACGGAAUUUGGGUAAAAAAGUUUGAUAAAAGAGAUCAGCCAUGUUUUAAUGAAACGAUACAAGUAAUGGAAUGUGAUAAUGUGGAAAAGGUUCAUGAUGAAAUUGAAAACCAGGAGAAAUUAAAAGGCAAUGUCUUUGUUAAGAAUAUGUCUAAUAUUAUAGAACUUACCAAUAAGAAUCGUCUAUUGAACUAUCGUCACAUAAUACUUAUUCGUGAUCCUGCUGAAACUAUUGUAUCUCAUUAUAAGAUAGAUCGAUUGAUAACUUCACAAUAUGGCUGUUUGAAAGAUGAAGUAGAAUUCUAUGAUUGGCUGAAAGCGACUACCAAACAAGAUCCAAUUGUUGUCGAUGGUAAUGAAAUAAGAAAAGAUCCGAAAUAUGUGUUGACACAAAUAUGCAAUCGAUUAGAUUUGCCAUUUUUGGAUGAAAUGUUAUCGUGGUCGAUUGGUCCAAAAUCUUGCGAUGGUGUUUGGGCCAAAUUUUGGUACAAUGAUGUUCAUUCAACAACUGGAUUUAGGCCACUAUCUGGAAUUAAAAUAACAGAAAAUGAUGUUCCAACCGAACAUAUACCUUUCUAUCGUGAAGUUUUACCUUAUUAUCAAAAACUCUUAGCACAUAGUAUUCGAACUUAA